GUGCUUGCAAACUGAGAGCUGACUUUUCUGAUUUUGUGUGGAGCAUGCUCUUGUGAUGGCAGUGCUCUGCGCAAGGUCCUGCCGUGCACCCCAUUUAAGAGGAUGCGACAGUCUCAUUGUCUAAUUGGACUCUAGUGCUUUAGUCAGAUUAGCACUUGCAGAGAGCUUGGAUUUUUUUCCCCCUUUUUUCUUUCCUCUCUUUCUCUCUCCUCUCUCUUCCUCCUCCCACCGGACUUUUCAAUCCAGGCAGUUUAGGGUGGGAAGCCUUGAGCACUGGAGCCGGCAGCACUCGCCCUGCUAGAAGGGUAGGAGAGCUGCAGUGACUGACUGGAUCGCCUCGCGGCUGCAACUCCUUGCGUUUUUUGAGAACGUCAGGGCUUCCUGAAGAAUGAGAAAGAUAAUGCCUUGUUGUCUGCUAUUGAAGAGUCCCGGAAGAGGACCUUUGGCAUGGCUGAGGAGUAUCAUCGAGAAUCAAUGCUGGUCGAGUGGGAACAAGUGAAACAAAGGAUUCUGCACACGCUGCUGGCGUCGGGAGAGGAUGCCCUUGACUUCACCCAAGAAAGUGAGCCGAGUUACAUCGGUGAUGUGAAUCCCCCUGGGCGAAGCUCUCUGGAUAGCAUUGAGAUGGCCUAUGCCCGGCAGAUCUAUAUCUAUAAUGAGAAGAUUGUGAGUGGACACCUGCAGCCUAACCUGGUGGACCUGUGUGCCUCCGUCGCAGAGCUGGAUGACAAGAGCAUUUCUGACAUGUGGACCAUGGUAAAACAAAUGACAGAUGUGGUGCUGACACCAGCAACUGACGCCCUGAAGAGCCGGAGCAGUGUGGAAGUGCGUAUGGACUUUGUCAAGCAGGCCUUGGGAUAUCUUGAGCAGAGUUAUAAGAAUUACACCCUUGUGACUGUCUUCGGAAAUCUGCAUCAGGCACAGCUGGGCGGUGUGCCUGGGACUUACCAGCUGGUUCGGAGUUUUCUAAACAUUAAACUGCCAGCUCCUUCACCAGGACUUCAGGAUGGAGAGGUAGAAGGCCAUCCUGUCUGGGCAUUAAUUUAUUACUGCAUGCGCUGUGGAGACCUGCUUGCCGCAUCACAAGUCGUCAGUCGAGCCCAGCACCAGCUUGGGGAAUUUAAAACUUGGUUCCAGGAAUACAUGAACAGCAAGGAUAGAAGAUUGUCUCCAGCUACGGAAAACAAACUCCGACUUCACUACCGCAGAGCCCUCAGGAACAACACAGACCCCUACAAGAGAGCUGUGUACUGUAUUAUUGGGAGAUGCGAUAUCACCGACAAUCAGAGUGAAGUAGCAGACAAGACUGAGGACUACCUAUGGUUAAAAUUGAACCAGGUGUGUUUUGAUGAUGACGGCACCAGCUCACCACAAGACAGGCUCACUCUCUCACAGUUCCAGAAGCAGCUGCUAGAAGACUAUGGCGAGUCCCACUUCACGGUAAACCAGCAGCCCUUCCUCUACUUUCAAGUGCUGUUCCUGACUGCACAGUUUGAAGCUGCCAUUGCCUUCCUCUUCCGCAUGGAGCGGCUACGCUGCCAUGCUGUCCAUGUGGCCCUGGUGCUGUUUGAGCUAAAGCUCCUUUUAAAGUCCUCUGGACAGAGUGCUCAGCUCCUCAGCCACGAGCCUGGUGACCCUCCCUGCAUGCGACGGCUGAACUUUGUGCGUCUGCUCAUGCUCUACACUCGCAAGUUUGAGUCCACGGACCCAAGAGAAGCCCUCCAGUACUUUUACUUCCUCAGGGAUGAGAAAGACAGUCAAGGAGAAAACAUGUUUCUGCGCUGUGUGAGCGAGCUUGUGAUAGAAAGUCGAGAGUUUGAUAUGAUUCUUGGAAAACUAGAGAACGAUGGAAGUAGAAAGCCUGGAGUCAUAGAUAAGUUUACCAGUGACACAAAGCCUAUUAUCAACAAAGUUGCUUCAGUGGCAGAGAACAAAGGACUGUUUGAGGAGGCAGCGAAGCUUUAUGACCUUGCUAAGAAUGCUGACAAGGUGCUGGAGCUGAUGAACAAGCUGCUGAGCCCUGUUGUUCCACAGAUCAGCGCCCCACAGUCUAACAAAGAAAGGCUGAAGAACAUGGCCCUAUCCAUUGCGGAGAGGUACAGAGCUCAGGGAAUAAGUGCAAAUAAGUUUGUGGACUCUACAUUCUAUCUCCUCUUGGACUUGAUCACCUUUUUUGACGAGUAUCACAGUGGUCAUAUUGACAGAGCCUUUGAUAUUAUUGACCGCUUGAAGCUGGUGCCUCUGAAUCAGGAGAGUGUGGAAGAAAGGGUGGCUGCCUUCAGAAAUUUCAGUGAUGAAAUCAGACACAACCUCUCAGAAGUUCUUCUCGCCACCAUGAACAUCCUGUUCACACAGUUUAAGAGGCUCAAGGGAACAAGUCCAUCUUCAGCAACCAGGCCCCAGCGAGUCAUUGAAGACCGUGACUCUCAACUCCGAAGUCAAGCCAGAGCCCUGAUUACCUUUGCUGGGAUGAUACCGUACCGGACGUCUGGGGACACUAAUGCCAGGCUGGUGCAGAUGGAGGUCCUCAUGAAUUAAGCGCUGUGUUUGAUGGGUUCUGGGACUGCACACUGUCAGUAUAUUAGGCACGUGGGCCAGCUGGGGUGGGUUUCCAGUUUUGUUUCUGUUGUGUUGUGUUUUGUUUUUUGUAUUAUGUAUUUUUGUCAAUACCAAUAAAUUUCUUUGAUUUGUAUUUCUUUUAAACAUUCUUUUUCCUUUUUUUUUUUCUUUAAAAUUUUAGGUUGUUUUCUUGUUUUGGGGUGUGUGUGUGUGUGUGUGUGUGUGUGUGUGUGUGUGUGUGUAUUUACUUGGGAAAUGUUGUCCACAGUUGUUUUGGGGCCAGAGAAUGAGAGGCUACAUAGGUGUGUAAAUCUGGACAAUGUGACUUUAAAUGAUUAAAAAAAUUACCCACCAUGAGCAAGGAAUCAAAGCCUUUGGCUGUCAUAGUCCAUAGAGCAGAAUCACUGUGCUUUUCCACAAGUGUAGUUGAGUGUGAAGCCAGCCUUGGUUGGUGUAAGAUCUGUGGGUGGAAUACCAAGUGCUGCUGUUCUCUGGAGUCGUCUUUGAGGUCAUCCAGCCCCACACUACCCUCAUUCCUCAGCCAAGAUCCCAGGAGAUUAACCUGCUGGUGUACGUUCCAGAGACGGGUCAAAGCAUGGGCAUGGGACUGCUGGAGU